UCGAUCUUCUUUCUCAAACCCCCCACGAAAAAAAAAAAAAAAAAAAAAACGAAACCCUAAAGAGAAAGAAGAGAAGAUCGAAAAUGCGAGAAAUCCUUCACAUCCAAGGAGGUCAAUGUGGUAACCAAAUCGGAGCAAAGUUUUGGGAAGUAAUAUGUGAUGAACAUGGCAUAGAUCCAACAGGAAGAUACAAAGGAGAUACAUCAGAUCUUCAAUUAGAAAGGAUUAAUGUAUAUUACAAUGAAGCAUCAGGUGGAAGAUAUGUACCUAGAGCCGUACUUAUGGAUCUUGAACCAGGUACUAUGGAUAGUAUCAGAUCUGGUCAAUAUGGUCAGAUCUUUCGUCCCGAUAACUUUGUUUUUGGUCAAUCUGGUGCUGGUAACAACUGGGCUAAAGGUCAUUAUACUGAAGGAGCUGAGUUGAUUGAUUCUGUUCUUGACGUUGUUAGAAAAGAAGCCGAAAAUUGUGAUUGUCUUCAAGGUUUUCAGGUAUGCCACUCUCUAGGAGGUGGUACUGGUUCUGGUAUGGGAACCCUCUUGAUCUCCAAAAUUAGAGAGGAAUAUCCAGAUAGGAUGAUGCUUACAUUCUCAGUCUUCCCAUCACCAAAGGUCUCAGACACUGUUGUGGAACCCUACAAUGCCACUCUCUCUGUUCACCAGUUGGUGGAGAAUGCAGAUGAAUGCAUGGUGCUCGACAAUGAAGCUCUCUAUGACAUUUGCUUCAGAACCCUAAAGCUCAGCACCCCAAGCUUUGGUGAUUUGAAUCACUUGAUUUCUGCAACCAUGAGUGGUGUGACUUGCUGUCUGAGGUUCCCUGGGCAGCUGAACUCAGAUUUGCGUAAGCUGGCAGUGAAUCUCAUUCCCUUCCCUCGUCUUCACUUCUUCAUGGUGGGAUUUGCCCCACUCACAUCCCGUGGUUCCCAGCAAUACAUCUCUCUCACCGUUCCCGAGUUGACUCAGCAGAUGUGGGACACCAAGAACAUGAUGUGUGCAGCAGACCCACGACACGGCAGAUACCUCACUGCCUCAGCCAUGUUCAGAGGAAAGAUGAGCACCAAGGAGGUUGACGAGCAGAUGAUCAAUGUCCAGAACAAGAACUCCUCGUACUUUGUUGAAUGGAUCCCCAAUAAUGUGAAAUCUAGUGUCUGUGAUAUCCCUCCUACUGGGUUAAAGAUGGCGUCUACAUUUAUUGGAAACUCUACAUCCAUCCAGGAGAUGUUUAGGAGAGUAAGUGAGCAGUUCACAGCCAUGUUUAGGCGUAAGGCUUUCUUGCAUUGGUACACUGGUGAAGGAAUGGACGAGAUGGAGUUCACUGAAGCAGAGAGCAACAUGAACGAUUUGGUAUCUGAGUACCAGCAGUACCAGGAUGCCACUGCCGAGGAAGAUGAGGAAGGUGAAUAUGAAGAUGAUGGUGAAGGAGAAUAUGAGAACUGAGUGCAGCCCUGAUUCUAGGAGCGGCCACAAUUGGAAGAACCAGCGAGAGUUUUAUUUGGAUGAUGAGAGUGAGUCUUAUUUUCUCCUUUUUUCCCGCUUAUCUACCUACUACAGUAGUACUCUUUUAUCAUGUCUGUGGCACAUUAUUGAUGUUUUUCCUUUUUCAUUCUUAAACCCGUCUCCUUGCGGUUGUAUCCUUCUGUUGAUCUUAAGAAAACAUCGUUGUUGAGUGUUUAACUACUUGGAUGUUUAAAGUCUAUGUUUUUGUUUUCACCGGUCAUGUCUUUACUGUUUUAUUUGAGCUUGAAAAUGCUGAUCAAAUGUAUAAAGAGGUUAUGGG